UUCCUUUUGUCUCUGCGGUUCUCCCUCUACCUCUCCGGCUCUCCCUCUUCAGUCAGCAAUAAAAGGCAACCUUCGUCAGCCAAGGACACCUCGCUCGCCCCUGCCUGCCGUACUCUCCGGCCGUUCCCGCCAGAGCCGCCUCGCGCCUCCCGUACUCCUCCGGCCGUCCCCGACGGAGCUGCCUCGACUGUCCCCCGCCGCGCUAGCAACCACAUUUUUUGGACUUCCCCGCUUGACUUUGGGCCUCCCCUGCCCCCAACCCCGGCAAACAGCCGUCCUCCGCCACCCGCGGCCGGCGACGCCCCGCCUUGCCGUUCCGCCUUGCCGGAGGCGGAGAUUCCGCGACGGAAGCCGACGCGCGGCAGUCGAUUCCGCGAUGGAGGCAGCCGCCGCCGCCGAUGGAGGCAUGAAUCUUUUGAAGAGGCCAUCCAACUCAUCGCCUCCAGAAGACGAAACAGACAAGCAUAAACGGCAGAAGAGGGAAUGCCAGGAUUUCACCCCCAGAAGGUACCAGCUUGAUGUCUAUGAGGUUGCUAUGAGGCAGAACACAAUUGCGAUGCUUGACACGGGAGCUGGGAAGACAAUGAUUGCUGUCAUGCUCAUCAAGCAUUUUGGGAAGAUCAGCAAAGCAAAUAAUGAUCGAAAGCUCAUCAUAUUCCUUGCACCAACAGUUCAACUCGUCACACAGCAAUGCGAGGUUAUUAAGAGCUACACUGAUUUUGAGGUGGAGCAUUAUCAUGGUGCAAAGGGUGUUGAUCAAUGGAAGGCUCAUAGCUGGCAACAACAAUUCUUAAAAUAUCAGGUUAUGGUCAUGACACCACAGGUGUUGCUAGAUGCUUUACGCCAAGCUUUCUUGAUCCUGGACAUGGUUAGUCUCAUGAUAUUUGAUGAAUGCCAUCACGCAACUGGUAACCACCCAUAUACUAGGAUAAUGAAGGAGUUCUAUCACGGAUCAGAGCAUAAACCAAAUGUGUUCGGUAUGACAGCCUCUCCUAUCAUAAGAAAAGGGGUCUCAUCUGAUUUGGAUUGCGAAAAUCAGCUAUCUGAGCUGGAAAAUAUUUUAGAUUCCAAGAUACACGCUGUGGUGGAUAGAGAAGAGAUAGAACUUUGUGUUCCUUCCGCAAAAGAAGUGAACAGAUACUAUGAGCCGAGAACUGUUUCUUUUGAAGAUUUAAGUGAAGAACUGGAAAUUUUGUGUUCCAAGUAUGAUGGGCUGAUCGUACAAUUGCAUAACAGAUCGACCAAUCAGUACAAAGAUGCUGAUGAAAUAACAAAAGAAUCACGGAGACGUCUCUCAAAAUCUUUAGCAAAGAUUUGCUAUUGCCUUGAAGAUGCCGGUCUUCUUUGUGCUAGUGAGGCCACUAAAAUCUGCAUUGAAAGAGGGCAGAGAAAAGGUUGGCUGAAGGGGGGCAGUGACACCACUGAUCAGCAAAGUGAUCCAAAUGGACCAAUCCUAUUUGCAGAAAUUUCAAUGCUUCAUAUGAAGUUCUUUCAGGAAGUGUUGGAUAUAAUUGACAAACGCCUCCAACAGCAACAAGGAAUUGAUGCCCUUCUGAACUCAGAGAGUGGAUGUGUGGAAGCAGCAAAGAUGGGCUAUAUUUCACCAAAGCUCUAUGAGCUCAUGCGAGUAUUUCUUUCUUUCAGUGACUCUGAUAACGUCCGAUGCCUUAUUUUUGUGGACCGAAAGAUUAGUGCUAGAGUCAUUGAGCGGACAAUGAAGAAAAUAGGCCGACUCUCCUGUUUCAGAGUCUCUUUUCUAACUGGAGGGAGUUCUUCAGUGGAUGCACUCACCCCUAAAAUGCAAAAGGAUACGCUGGAUUCAUUCCGCUCUGGAAAGGUCAACUUACUGUUUACUACAGAUGUUGCAGAAGAGGGUAUACAUAUUCCAGACUGCUCGUGUGUAAUAAGAUUUGAUUUGCCAAGGACUACCCGCAGCUAUGUGCAAUCACGUGGACGAGCACGACAGCGGGACUCUCAGUACAUACUAAUGAUUGAAAAGGGGAAUGUGAAACAAAGUGAUUUAAUAUCUAGGAUUAUGAGAAGUAAGACCUCGAUGACUGAGAUUGCUUCAAACCGAGAGCCUGAGGAUUCACACCGCAAUUUCUUCCCCAUUGAAGAAAUAAAUGAAUACCAUAUAAGCACAACAGGAGCCAAAAUAACUACUGAUUCUAGCAUCAGUGUUCUCAACCAGUACUGUGACAAGCUCCCGAAGGACAAGUACUACACCCCAAGACCCACGUUUCAGUUCACCCAUUAUGGUGAUGGUUAUGAGUGUACUGUAACACUACCAUCCAGUGCCAUGUUUCAACUUUUGGUAGGUCCAAAAGCAAGAAAUAUGCAGAAAGCAAAGCAGCUUGUUUGCCUUGAUGCAUGUAAGAGGCUGCAUCAGCUCGGAGCACUUGAUGACCAUCUUUCUCCAUCAGUUGAAGAGACGCCUCUGGAAAUUUCAAGCAAGUCUAGUAUCUCAACAUCUGGUGCAGGUUUAGGUACAACCAAACGGAAAGAGCUACAUGGUACAACCAAAGUUCUUUCUAUGUCUGGCUCUUGGGGUUCAGAUAAAAGUGUGACUAAACUUCAAGGCUACAAGUUAAAUUUUGUUUGUGAUCAAGUUGAUCAAAAAUACUGUGACUUUGUCCUUCUAAUUGAUACAAGUAUAGCAAAAGAAGCUGCUACUUUAAAUAUUGAUUUAUAUUUGCAUGACAAGAUGGUAAAAGCUUCGGUUUCUCCUUGUGGACCUCUUGAGUUGGAUGCUCGACAGAUGGAAAAAACAAAAUUGUUUCAAGCACUUCUAUUUAACGGUUUGUUUGGAAAACUGUUUAUUGGAUCAAAAGCAUCAAAAACCCCAAGGGAGUUCAUUCUCAAGAAAGAUGAUGCAUUUCUUUGGAAUAAAGAAAAUAUGUAUUUGCUAUUACCUGUGGAUUCUACUCAGGAUUCUCAUAAAAGUGUUUGCAUCAACUGGAGUAUAGUUGAUAUAGCGGCUACAACUGUUGGACUCAUGAGAAGCAUUUAUUCAGAUGGCAAACAUAACCUAAAGGAUAAACUUAAUCAUGAAAAAAAUGACGAAAAUUUUAUUCGUUUGGCCAACAAGUCAUGCAAAGCUGAUGAUCUUAAAAAUAUGGUGGUUUUAGCAAUUCAUACUGGAAAGAUAUAUACUGUUCUUAAGGUAUCUGAUUUAUGUGCUAAUAGUAAAUUUGAUGGUACAUCUGACAAGAAAGAAGCAAAAUUCCAGACAUUUGCAGAAUAUUUUGAGAAGAAGUAUAAUAUAUUUCUUUGUCAUCCUUUACAACCAUUGCUAGUGUUGAAACCCACCCAUAAUCCUCACAAUCUUCUUUCCUCAAAGAAUAGAGAUGAAGGCAAUGUUGUGGAAAAUAAAAAUAGGGCAAAUAGCCUUGUUCACAUGCCUCCAGAGUUGCUGAUUCCCCUUGAUUUACCUGUUGAUGUUUUGAGAGUAUUCUAUUUGUUUCCAUCUCUGAUGCAUCGUCUUGAAUCACUAAUGCUAGCCAGCCAACUAAGAAGUGAAAUUGCAUACACAGAUUCUGAUAUAUCGAGCUUCGUGAUUUUGGAAGCUAUUACAACACUUAGAUGCUGCGAGGACUUCUCAAUGGAGCGUUUAGAGUUAUUGGGGGACUCUGUUCUUAAGUAUGCAGUGAGUGCCCAUCUUUUCAUGACAUUUCUUAAUAAGCAUGAGGGGCAGUUAUCGUCCAGAAGGCAAGAAACUAUAUGUAAUGCCACACUUUAUAGACUUGGUACUGAACGCAGAAUACAGGGUUAUAUACGUGAUGCUGCAUUUGAUCCUCGUCGAUGGCUUGCUCCUGGACAGCUGUCCAGCCGUCCCUGUCCUUGUGAAUGCCCAGUAAAAUCUGAGGUUAUAACUGAGGAUAUUCACAGAAUUGAUGACAAAUCUAUAAUUAUAGGCAAGGCGUGUGACAAGGGACACAGAUGGAUAUGUUCUAAAACCAUCUCUGAUUGUGUUGAGGCUAUAAUUGGGGCCUAUUAUGUGGAAGGGGGAUUAAAAGCAGCUUUUGCUGUUCUCAAAUGGUUGCAGAUUGAGACACUUGAGGAAGAGCAAAUUAUGGAAGCCCUAUCAAGUGCUUCAGUGCGAAAUUAUCUUCCAAAAGUUGAUGUAGUUGAAUUUCUUGAAGCAAAACUAGGCUACACCUUUCAAGUGAAAGGUUUGCUAAUAGAGGCUCUCACCCACCCAUCACAGCAAGAAUCUGGAGCAACAUACUGCUACCAGCGCUUGGAAUUCCUUGGUGAUGCAGUCUUAGAUAUUUUAAUAACUCGCCAUUUAUUCCUUAGUCAUAAAGACACAGAUGAGGGGGAGCUGACAGAUUUACGGUCUGCAUCAGUAAAUAAUGAGAAUUUUGCACAAGUUGCGGUAAAGCACAAUCUCCAUCAGUUUCUACAACAUUCUUCUGGGUUCCUACAAGACCAAAUUACUGAAUAUGUGAAUAGUCUGGAAGGUUCAUCCAUGGACAGAACCAGCCUUUUAUCCAGUGGGCCAUCUAGGGGGCCAAAAGUUCUAGGUGAUAUUGUAGAAAGUAUUGCAGGUGCUAUUCUUAUUGACAGCAAACUUGAUCUGGAUUUAGUCUGGCGGGUUUUCAAACCUCUUCUUUCCCCAAUUGUCACACCUGAGAAUUUGGAGUUACCCCCAUUCAGAGAACUUAAUGAGUGGUGUGACAAGAAUGGGUACUUUAUUGGAAUUAAAUGUGAAAAUCGAGGAGACAAAACAACGGCUAUUCUUAGCUUACAACUCAAGGACUUGCUUCUGGUGAGGCAAGGUUGUGGGAAGAACAAAAUAGAUGCAAAAGCACAUGCAGCUUCCUUAUUGCUCAGGGAUCUAGAGGAAAAAGGACUUAUAAUUCCAAAGAAUGCAAGCAGAGUGGAACAAUUUGAAAAGAAUUCUGGUACUAGAAACCAUUGCAACAACUUGGUUGAUGUUAUGGACACACAAAAUGUAGCACCACCUAGGCAAAAGGAACUACCGGUGUCAAGUACCGCUCCUGGCUCUGUUCUUGAUAAACCAUUGGUUGUGAAGGUUAAGUUGAGUAAAGGAGGACCUCGUGUAUCGUUGUAUGAGUCGUGUAAAAAGCUUCAGUGGCCAAUGCCUAUGUUUGAAUUUGUGAAAGUCGAGCCAAGUGUGUGCUCCUCUUCCGGUGAUUCUUCACAAAAGGUUGCACCCCAAGGAUAUGCAUUUGCUUCAACAAUAACAUUGCAUAUACCGAACGGCGAUAUCAUCAGCCUCACAGGAGACGGACGUGCGGAUAAGAAGAGCUCACAGGAUUCUGCUGCGCUGCUCAUGCUCUAUGAGCUGCAGCGGCGAGGUAGAUUCCAAGUCCAAGAAGUAUGACGAAUCACAACAGAUUCAUGGUUCCAUCACCAAAGGUGUAAUGUUACCUCCGAUUAUUGCUUGGGCAUCUUGGAAUAAUGUCAUCACCAGACCAGUUGCCCUUAGUUGGCUGCUGCGAUGUAGGAAAAUAAUGUAGCCGUGUAGGUUACUCUUGUUCUUGCCUUGUGAUGAAUCAGACAUUUCAUCUGUAUAUAUAUAGGCGCAUGCCAAUAAGAGCCGUGGUCAUGAUGUGUGUACACAUGCAGUAAUAAAGCAUCACAUGGUUUCCAGACUCGGGAAAAAUCUAUGAGCUGAAAUUGUCACCAAAAGCAAUAUGCUUA